AUGCCGCGUCAGGCUCAUGGAAGGCCAGUGCAGGUCGUCAAGCCAAAGAAGCCGUCGAAGAAAAGAGCCUCCAACAACCGCAGGCUCAACGCCCUGGAAAUUGCGGAGCAGGAAAAUCCAGACGAGUUCAAGAUUCCGCAACACCGUCUCGGAACGAUCGAUGACGAUGACGAUGACCACCCACGAGGCCAUGAGGACGCUGAUGAUGAACGGUCGUCGAAGAGAAGAAAGAUCGAGGAAGAUGAUUCUGCAGAAGAGGGUUCAGACCCAGAUGGGGAACGGUGGCACGUGGGGGUGGACGACGAUGACGACGACAGCGACAUUGACAGCGAGGAGGCCUUUGGCGAAAGUGACGAAGAGCGGUUUGCAGAUUUCACGUUCCGUGGAAGCGCCGAUAUCCCCGUCGUGACGAAGAAGCAUCGAGCUUCAAAGGACCUUGAUCUGGAUGAGAGCUCCGCCGAGGGGCGUACAGAUGAUGAUGAAGAUGAACUUGACGAUGAUUUCGGGGAGGAAGGUGUUGACUUGGCUACGGCGUGGGACAUGGACGACGAGGAUGAACAGGAGGCUGCCAAGAAGAAGACAAAGAAGAAGCAGCAGAAACGUCGAAGACCAGGAGGAAGCGAUACCGACGAGGAUGAGGCUGAUGAAGGCUCGAAUCCCACCUCCGGUGAGGAGGAUAUCUCUGAAAUCGAAGAUGAUGCAGAAUCGGAAUUGUCGAUCUCCGACGAUGAGGGUGAUCAUUCGAGACUACAGAAUUUUGUCGAAGGGCUUUCCAAUAGCCGGGAGGCGAAAACGCGCAGGCGACAGGACUACAAGAGCUUGCCUGACAAGCCGUCUCAGUUCGGUCUGAACUCGACCAAAAUCUCAGCGUCCGACCUGCUUCAGUACAUCAAAGAUCCCCGUCAGCGACAAUCUCUCAAGGUCCUACAGAACAAUGAAGAGAAAGGGCACGAGGCUUACAAAGGCGGCGUACCAGGGAAACUUGCGCCUCCUUUGGCCAAGAGACAACAAGAUCGUCUUGACCGAGAGGCUGCGUACGAAGAGAGCAAAAAGGAGCUAGGUAAAUGGAUCGAAACGGUGAAGCAAAAUCGACGAGCAGAACACCUCUCUUUUCCACUUGUGGACCCUGCUGCGGCCGCCGCACCGGGCCGUAAAAAACUCGGUCCAACAACUCAGGCACAGCCGAUGACUUCUCUAGAGUCCACGAUUCAGUCCAUCAUGGUCGAAAGUGGAAUGCUGUCCAAGGAGAAUCGUUCUCUCGAUGACCAAGAGCAAGCUUACGAAGAGCUUCAGGAGAAACAAAUUCCAUUGGAAGAAGUUCAGGCAAGGAGGGCAGAACUUCGCCGAGCCCGCGAGCUAAUGUUCCGGGAGGAGAUACGAGCACGACGGAUCAAGAAGAUCAAGAGCAAGGCAUAUCGUCGCGUUCACCGUAAGGAACGUGAAAAGGCAACCCUUGAGAACAGGACUCUGCUGGAAGCACAGGGUAUGAUCGACUCGGACGAAGAACGAGAGCGGAACGAUCGUCGUCGAGCGGAAGAGCGCAUGGGGGCACGGCACAGAGAGAGCAAAUGGGCCAAAAGCAUCAAGGCUACAGGAAGGGCUGCAUGGGACGAGGGUGCCAGACACGGGGUGACCGAUCUUGCCCGGCGAGACGAAGAACUUCGCAGGCGAAUCGAGGGCAAAGUCAACGGUGAUCCCGAUGAGUCAGAGUCGGAGUCAGAGGAUUCCGAUCAAUUCUCAGGGACGGACGAUGAAAGGGAGUGGGUACAGAACAAGCUUGACAACGUUGACCGUGAUGAGCCUGACACCACCGAGACACGCCUCAACUCAAUGGCUUUCAUGAAGAAGGCAGAGGCGGCCAGGAAGGCUGCCAAUGACGAAGAAGUCAAGAGCCUCAGGCGCAGUCUGCGAGACGAACAGGGCGACUACCUGGAAGAAGGGGAAUCUGAGGAUGACGAACCCGCGGGGCGUCAAAAGUUUGGUCUGCAAGCAACAAAGGGAGAGCCGGCGCAUCAAGUACCCAUUCAGAAAAGCGAGUUCGAAGAGCGCGAGUCGGAUACUGAGCUCGACAUGGUGGAUGAGCCUGCUGGAGCCCAACGCUCAGGUGUCGACCACGCACCUCCCAAGGCGACAUUUGCCAACAAUGAACCGACACAACCACCAAGGCCGAGCACUGACACGCAGGCACAGAAUAAGAAACCUCAGUUGAAGGGUCCCAACAAGACAACCUCAGAAACGACCGCUACCACUGCCCCGGGCAAGCUGCCGAAAAGGGGCCCUAGGGUGGUCGAACAUGAGCUUCAUGAUUAUACCAGCCCGUCAGAGUCUGAAGACGAGCAAGACACCAAGUCUGCCCUUGCUCGGGCCAUCUUCGCCGGUCCCGACGAAGUUGAGAAGGACUUUGCCAAGGAGAAAAAGGAGACUGUGGAGGAAGAGGGUGACCACGUUGUUGACAACAGUCUUCCCGGUUGGGGAAGUUGGGCCGGCGAGGGUGUCAGUAAAAAGGCUCAGAAGAGGGCCAAGGGCCGCUUCUUGACCACGAUCAAAGGAGUGGCAGAAGACAAGCGACAAGAUGCCAGGUUGGAGCGCGUCAUCAUCAACGAGAAGAAGGUAAAGAAGAACAGCAAGUAUCUGGCCAGCGAGCUGCCUCAUCCCUUCGAGACACGGCAGCAGUACGAGAGGUCGCUCCGCCUUCCUCUCGGCCCGGAAUGGACCACGAAGAGCACGUUCCAGGAUGGAACCAAGCCACGCGUCCUGAUGAAACAGGGCAUCAUCCGGCCCAUGGCCCGACCGUUGGUGUAG